GUUGCUAAGUAGCAAAAAUUGGUGACGUGCAAGAACUCCAAAAAUCCAUGGGGUUAUUCCAGAGAAGGACUUCCAGUCUUCUUCAUAUCUUUCUCCACCAUUUUCCUUGCUUCUCAAAAGCAAAGGGAUUUCCGGGGAAGGUUACAUCCACAACCUUUGCUUUCUUGUGUGCUCCUUCUAUCAUCUGGUACAUGUGACGGUAUAUUCCAGUUAUGGUUGUCAUUAUCACUUACACUUUUUGUUUUAAUUUCUACUUAUAUCUUCGUUCUUUCCAUCUCCUUGAUGUCCCCCUCUUCCGAUUUGUUUGUUUGUUCAUUUACUCAUCUAGGUCCCAAUACUCUUAAUUCGUAAUCUUCUUCAAUUUCAUACAAAAUCUUGGAGUAUUGCAAUAAUAUAUCUACCCGAAUCUUUACCAAAGACACCAUUAUAGGAUCACAGUACAGUUGAACAAUGGAUCUUCAUGGGAAUAAUCAUUGGAGCAAUGAGUGUAAGCUCGAUCACGAAUGCCACCAGGAGACUGAAGAGGCGGUUCAAAAGGUGCAUCGGCAAGUGAUUCAUCGGAACAGUAAUAGAUAUGAGCUCGGUCAUGAAUCUGAUCAGGCGGCCCGGCAGGCAAAUCAAGACCAUAACAAUAGGAGUGAAUAAGGUCAUGGGCUCGAUGAAAUACAGCCUCAGGGAAGCUAUGGGGAUGAAGACAGCCAUGGAUCAAGUCAGAUGAACGUCCAGGAGAUAAGCGUAAAUGGGCACGAUUGCGGAUACGCUUGGCCUUUCAACCUUAGAGGACUUGAUUGGAGAAUUCGAUAUCUAGAAUGGACAAGGAAAAUUCUUCACAGACGUAUCGAUACCGCCUCUGUUGCUGUCACUGGCGACGCCAUAGAUGCUGCUUUGCCCGCCGAGGAGCUUUCUCUUCCUCGCACAAGCACUCUCUUUCCCAAAGAUGCUAGCACACUUAAUACAUGGAGCAUGGUCACGCAGGAAGUCGCUGGUGAUCCUUGCAUCUUCAUUCUUUAUUGUCCACGGUCCCGGACUGAUACAAUAUUGGUGGAAUGCGUUAGCCCAGAUGAGAUCCAAAAACUUUGUGCUCGCUCAUUACACUUGACAAGAUCUCCGCAAGGAGAUAGCUCUACUUCACGGGCUCUCAUAAACUUCAAUAUUGAUCUUGUCAUUGUCCCCGAGGAAGUAAUAGAUCUCUACCGACAGAUUGAAUACUGGGAUAAGAUACAAAAGCUGUGCGUGAUAAUAAACAAUGUUGGCAACAACCGUGUAUCGCCGCUGACUAUGCAACGCCUCAAUCAACUGUCAACCCCACGAAAAGUGGUGACUGCCUGUUCGUGGAAUUCCGAACAUGCUCAGUAUCCUCUCCAUGAGGUAGGAUUGAGACGCUACGCUCAAGCAAUUCAAAAGUUUCUGGCCCUUCGAAAAACGUUUCCACAUAUCGACCGGGUUCUGGUGGAGCCACAUGACGGUGAAUUCUUUGGAUGCUGGUGUGGACCAACUCAGAGGGUUUCAAUACUAUUGAGCGUGUUGAUGAAACUGGCAUUAGUAGCGGCAGCGCUUGCUAUAUUAUGUCUUUUUUAAAAUUGUGGGUGUUAACCUCCCUAAUCGUGACAGAGAGCAUGAAAAGAAUUGAUACCAUUUUGACUGGUAACACAACUCUAGAAGCAGAUUCAUGCCUUGUACCCGAGUACAGUAUAGCCCCUCUCUUCUAUGUUAAUCAGCCAUCAUUGGUAUAAGUAAGACAUCCAAUACAUAUUAGCGAAUAGAGCUCA